AUGAGGGGUUAUCAUAGAAAUUCUAAAAUUCCCAAGUGUGCUAUGAAAGUGGACAUUAUGAAAGCCUAUGAUAAUGUUAGGUGGGAGUUUAUUCUUGACAUCUUGUCAGCUAUGAACUUUCCCCCUUGUAUGAUUAUGUGGAUCAAGGCUUGUAUGACGAGUCCUUCUUUCUCGAUCUGCAUUAAUGGUAGUCUCCAUGGGUAUUUCAAAGGGGCUAGAGGGCUUAGACAAGGGGAUCCAAUGUCCCCUUACUUGUUUGUUUUGGCUAUGGAAAUCUUAGCUAGAAUUUUGGCUGAAAAAGCUUGUGAUCCCCUAUUCAAGUUUCAUUGGAGGUGUGAUAAAACCAAGAUCGUCAACCUUUGCUUUGCUGAUGAUCUUAUGAUUUUCAGUAAAGGUGAUACUGCCACUGUCAACCUUAUCAUGCAAGGCCUAGAGGAGUUUAGGCAGUUGUCCGGUCUCACUCCUAGUCCUAGUAAGAGUAAUAUAUUCUUCUCGGGGUGUAAUAGGGAGCUCAAAAAUGACAUUCUUCGUAUUUCCAAGUUUACUGAGGGCACUCUUCCGGUGAAAUACUUGGGUGUGCCCUUGAUCACUACGAAGCUUAAGGCUACUGAUUGUAAGAUUCUGGUUGAGAGGAUCACCAAGAGGAUUAAGAGCUGGACCAAUAGGCUUCUUUCUUAUGCGGGUAAAGCUCAACUUAUCCAGACUAUCCUUUUUUCUAUGCAAGUCUAUUGGUCCUCACUUUUUAUCCUCCCAAAAAAGGUGAUUAGAGAGAUUGAUAGCAUUUUGAGAUCUUUUCUUUGGUCGGGUGUUGAUUUGAAGAUGCAUAGUGCUAAAAUCGCUUGGAAUAAUGUCUGUAAGCCUAAAGGUGAAGGGGGCUUAGGGUUUAAGGAGAUGGGGGUUUGGAAUAGGGCGGCUAUCACCAAGCAUGUUUGGUUCUUGUUCUCCGGAGGGGAAGGAUCUAUGUGGUGCCAGUGGGUUAAGUCUUACUUACUUAAGGGUAAGAGCUUUUGGCAUAUUAAGAUGCCUAGUGACCCCUCAUGGGUCUGGAGGAAAAUUCUGUCUCUUAGGAAAAAUAUCUUCCCUCUUAUCAAGUUUAAGAUUGGUAAUGGGGAGAAGGUGUUUCUGUGGUUUGAUAAUUGGCAUCCUUUGGGCUCUUUAUGGGACAGAUUUGGGCAUAGGAUUAUGUAUGACACGGGUCUUCCUUUCAAUUCCAAAGUUAGUGCUGUCAUAUCUAAUAAUGAUUGGAAGUGGCCUAUUGACAACUCUUGGGAGAUCAAGGAGUGGAUUUCUUCUACUCCUCUUGAGCUUAAACCUAGUAGGGAUAUCCAGGAUUGUCCUGUCUGGAACUUGACUGUGGAUAGGAAUUUUACCAUACAAUCUGCGUGGAAUUGUUGGAGGGAUAAGGGUACUAAAGUGCCCUGGGCUAAUCUUGUUUGGGGGCAUCCGUCCAUUCCUAGGGUCAGCUUUGUGGUCUGGAUGGCUAUUCACGAGAGAUUAAACACAGGGGAUAGGCUGCAUCUAUUUGGCCUUGUUCCUAAGCCUACUUGCCCCCUUUGUCAUGGUCUUGAGGAGAAUCACUCUCAUUUGUUUUUCAGGUGUGUGUAUUCAUCUAGGAUCUGGGGUGCCAUUCAGGUUAAGUGUAACAUUAGCUGGCCCCAGUUAUCCUGGCUGGAGUAUGUGGUCUAUGCUACUAAGUCCACCAGAGGCAAAGCUUUGAAGUCUUCUCUUACAAAACUCUCCUUUCUGUGCACUGUCUAUCAGAUCUGGAUUGAAAGGAAUAGGAGGAUUUUUAGCAAGGAGUUUAAAUCUGAGAAAAUUGUGACUAAUCUUAUUGUCCAGAUGGUUAGAGGUAGGAUGCUUUCUAUGUAUAAUUUGGCUAACUCUGCAGGUGAUGCUUGGUAUCUGUCACAAUGGAAUUUACCUACAACAAUUAUGAAGCAGCCCCAGGACAACAAUGCUGGGAGCAUAUUGAGUGGGGACAGUUUACCUAUAUUGAGGGUUGAGUGA